AUGAAAAAAAAAAAUAAUUUGUUAAUUUUUUGUUAGAUUAUACUUAAAUUAUAUUUCAAAGAACUUAAGAAAAUUUAAACACUCUAAAAAUUAUUUAAUUAAAAAAGAAUAAUUAAUUAUUUUGCCAAAUUAAGAAAUUAAAAAAGGUAAAACAAAUAAAUAUCUUAUAAAAAUAUAAUGAAAAUUAACAAUAUAAUUUUACUUAUUAUUUUUUUAAGCUAUGUUAAGCUUUGCUUUACUGAAAAAAUAGCUCAAUAAUAGUAAAGUAACAACAAGAAUCUAUUAGUUUAACUCGAAUAUAGCAUAUUUCAAGGAUUUAUAAAAAUAGAAUUUAAAUUAUUAAAUGAUUCUUUUGCAGAAAAUUAUAAUAUUAAAUUGAUAGAAGUGCAAAUAAAUUCAAAUAAUUUCGAUGAAAAUAGAUAUUUUAGUGAUCUAUAAUAAACUACAAUUUGGAUAGAGAUAUAGUUAAAAGAUGCUUUUAAAGAUAUGGUGAUAAAAGUUGUAGCAAAAUAGAGUCAAGUACAAACUAGAACUAAUAAAUAAAUGAGUGGUGAUUUUUAUUAAGAAAUAAAUUUUGGAACUUAAUUACCUUAAUUAGUUAGCUUGGAUUUAAGUAAGAAUAUUAAUUAAAUGUAAAAUAGCUCUUGGAUGGAUUUUUUUCGAAUAUUUCCUCUCUAUUUGAUUUUCUUCAACUCACUUUAAGGUGUUUUUGUUAUUAUAGUUGCAGAAAUUAAAUUACCAUAAAGAUUGUAUGAAGUUAUUAGGCUUUUAUCUUGCUUUUAUUUUAAAAAUUUAAGGGGCUGGACUGUAAGCCAGGAUUAUCCUUAUGAUAUUGCAUAAAGCAGUACCAUAGGAGUAGAUAUUUAUUCUAGUGAUUCUAAUAUUUAUUUAUCUCUAAUUGGUAUCAGUGAGAAUAUAUUUGCUUAAGCUUUUUGGAAUAUAGUUAUUUUGAUAAUAUUUUGGCUACUUUAUUAUAUGUUCCUUAGAAAAAAGCAAUUAAAAUUUGCAUUACUAGUUGGAAAUAUCAUAUCUUUUUAUCAUAAAAUAACUUUACUUUUAUUUUUUUUGGUUUUUUUUAGUCAGUUAAGAUUAGCGUAUACUUUAUAAUCUUCUGGUUAGAGUAUUACAUCAUUUAUUAUUGGUGUUUUAAUGUUGAUAUAUAUGAUUUAUUUAAUCUUAUUUGUAUCAAGAAAAUUGCUAAAAGAUCACGAAAGCAGUGAAGAUUAAGAGAGUAACUAAAAAUCAUUGUAAGAAAUAGUCGAUCUAUUGUAUUGCUAUUUUUUAUCUUAAAACUAAAAAGAUUAUCUUAAACACAUUGAAUGUAAAUAGCUUUCUUAAAAAAUAAAUAGUUUUUUUCCUUUAAUCAGUUUCUAUUUCAAGAUAUAUAUAUCAUUUAUUCUUGUAUUUAUGCAAGGAACGAAAUAAGGAUAAAUAUCUUUGAUUCUAGAAAUAUUAAGAUUAUAAAAACUCUAUCUCAAAUAUCAUUCUUUCUUUUGCUAAUUUUUACUUUAGCAAAUUAUUUAGUAAUUGAUAAUUUAAUUAACCAGCUCCCACAAAAUCAAGGUCAAUUAAUUACAGACGAAACAAUAUAAGCUGUAAACGGAUUAGAAAUAGUUUAAUUUAUCUUCAUGUUCUUAUUCGUCAUUUUAGAAUUUGUAGCUAAAUUAUUUUAACUGA